AUGAACUUCUUAUCCCAGAUUUACACCGACAGUUGUUACAAGAGCUACCUUGAUAAUGAGCCUCCCUUCUUGGUUGCCGUCGUCAGUGGAAAGCGGCUAUGCAUAUCUGAGGGAUUGUCUCGCAUGUCAAAUCAGUCGUCACUCUUUCACAUCAAAUAUUUUCCAGACCUGAGAUCGCUCCCCACGAAGCAAAAGGCUGCAGGUGCACCUCUUCCGAGUGCACUCGGUGUUCUGAAAAGCGACUGGUGCACGAGGCAUUUACAUUCCAGGUUUAGCUGCGUUAUUUUUAGCCUGGAUUGGGAAACGGUGAGCGAUGUCGCAAUGGAUGAGAUUGGGAAUUCCAGCAUGUGGGACCAACUGCUGGCGUGGACACGCACACUGCGAAGCAAAAUUAUUGUCGCACUCGCAACUGAGAAAUGUUCCAAUGAAGGAGAGGAUGUGAAAGAAAAACUAGAAACACUGCAACGAGUACUCAAACAGAGGCUAGGGGAUGAUUUUAAUGAGCUGAUAAUUUUAUUCAAACUAGGGAUGGAAAGGGAGAGCGCGGAACGCCUCUACCAUAUGUUGAAGAAAACAUCAACGGCAUAUCACAUGGAGGAGUUGGCUCGCAUUAGGAACAAGCCACCGGAACCAAAUUACCGUGCAGUGCGAUUGGGGUUCAAGGCCGGGUGGCACUCUCUUGUUGUGCGUGAUUUGGGUGCGGCUGUAAAGCAUUUUACCAACGCUUAUAACUGCCUAAGAGAUGUUGCCCCUCCUCAGUCACCGAUGGAAUUGCGCAUGUGCGGCACGGUCAUUAUUAUGCACUUACUGAAUGCUGCCAAAGCUCUGUCCGAUGUUAGCUUUGAGGAUUUAUAUUAUGGUAUGUGUGAGGAUCAUAUCGUAUGGUUGGGACAGAUCACUCCUUCUACUGGUGAGAACUUUACCAUGGUGCAGUUUCUGAAACCGUUGCUUAUUGCUGAGUGCCAUUACUGGUUAGCGAAGAAUACCUGCCAUGCGGUGCCUGUUGCUUCGAUGGGCCAUCUUUGCGCAUGUAUGUUUGCUUAUGAAGAUGCUCUUAAGGUAAAUCGGUCACUUGAGACUUCUGCACAGCAAACUGUGGCGCCUGUUCUGAUUGGUGUGGAGUGCUGCUCAGAGGCGCACGUUAAUAUUUGCUCACUCAGUGGAACCUCGGAUGCUCUCACGAAACGAGUGGGUGAAUUGUUGAGCGAAUGUGCGUCCUUGACCGUGCCGACGGUAGAACUGCUUUACACUUCGGCGCGGCUGAAUGUCAUGCUUCGAAGGACUGAUGAAGCACUGUAUUCACUGGAGAUGUUGUGGGAACACGGUGUUAAGUCGUACGAAGGUGCUAAGGUUAUUCACGGGUUGCUAAUAGAAUUGUCGAAGUCAGUACCCGACGAAUUAGUAGAAAAGUGUUCCAGGGAGGUCACUCUUUCUUACGCCUCCUUGUCCUUUGGACCUGGUGCGGAGGAAAGUCAAAGGCGAUUUCGUGAUUCAUUUGCGAAGAUGAUGUCUAGUUUUUCACUUGACAGUUUUCUUUCAUAUCCGCACAAAGGGUAUUACGCUCCCUUUAACAUCUUCUGCGGUUUCAGUGAGGUACAUGGGGAUGAUUCAAUGCAUGAGUUGGUAAUGGUGUUCCGCACACAUUCCAUUGACAAUGUAAAUGUGGACUCCCUUUGCGUCAAUCUUUCUCGAAUGCGUGAUAACAAAUUGGAUAGUUGGGCCAAGCAGACUUCCGUUGAUAGGUCUGUUGAGCUGUGCUCAUGUAACUCCAGUAGCGUUUCUGCUCUUUUCGACUUGAGAGAACCAGGGGUUUAUUAUUGUUCACGCGUUCAGGGCCGUGUGAAAUGUGGCGAUAUCUGCUUGAAUGUAGAGUGGAGUUUUGAUGAUACCUCUGUUGAAAAUUAUUUUCUACAGCACGGUCAAUUCAAAAAAUGGGGUGUUAGCUGUUCUCAAUGCACGCCAUGGGUUUGCGUGGCGGAACCGAUAUGCCACAUUGAGGUUCAUGCACCCGAUUACAUCGUGGGUGUCGAAGGCGAAGUUGUGGAGGUGGAUGUAGUGAUUGAUACCAAUAGCGAUCUGAGGGAUGACACGAGCUUUGUUUUGACUCACCUCCCCGCAGUUUAUGAGUUCGUUGGGUGUGAUGCUGGAAAUUGUUCUUUGAAGGAGCGUUGCGACGGUGGGAAAGGGUACGUGAGUCUUCUCUUGAACAACCUCCCGCCCAUACUGUGCGGUAGUCCUUCGCGUCUGACAAUGAGAUAUAAAUGCAACAGAGCGGGGAAGUACGUCAUCCCCAUUACUUUUUGUGCCCUUUCCAACACAAGCGCAAAGGUGGAAAUAACGAAGAACGUUCAGGCGCACAUUUCCUGCCCCUUUAUACCGUCAUACACCCUUUUCAAAAGCAUUCCAUGGACUAUGGAAGCUCAAAAUACAAAUGAUGGUGGAACAUCCCUCGUCACGCUGGAGGUGCCUGAAGUAUCUUCCCCAUUCGUACGGAGCGGGUCAUAUACUCUACUCCGCCCUCAGGAUUAUAUUAAUGAGGAUCUUAGUACUCUCCACGGUAACAGAAGUGUCACGCUCUACGGUGCAUUCACCAAUAGGGAGAAGUGUGGUGAUAUUAACUUCUCAAAAGGGGAGACUAUUGUAGUAGUGAUGACCAUGGAAUGCCGCGCUUUUCAAGGUUUAACUCUAUCGUCUUUCGACGCAGUUGUUUCUGAUAAUGUGGUGCUGCUCUCCCUAACCGCCGGCACUCUUCCGUUUCAAGUUGACUACAUGGAAUCAUUCACAGUAACAGCCAAACUUCGUGUGUUGAGGACGGGAAGGGUUUCGCUGGGGUUUGUGCGUAUGCUCAUUUCACCAGGUUCAAGCACACAGCGCAUUGUAUCCGACGUUUCCUUGCCUGAGGUUGAGACCGAUGAUCACGUUCUUGAGUUAACCCUGGAGUGUCCUUCAACCGUGGCGAGCGGUUCCUAUGUUACUUUGGUUUGUAAUGUUGUCAACAAAACCGCGAUUCCUCAAAGUUGUCAGUUGACGCUGGAGAGAAAUGGGGAGUUUUUCCUAGUGGGCGGGAUAGAGCAAUGGAACUUCCCCAUUGGACCCCUUGCGGUUUACUCGACACGCAUAGUUCUGAAACCCCUUGCUGUCGGCGUGCUCCAGCUCCCUUCACUCCACCUUAGACAUUCAUCAGGAGUGUCAUUUGGAACCGUAUCUUCCUUCCAGUUUGACUCUCAGAAAAUCUGCGUUUUGACGCCGUAG